GCUGCGCGGGGCGCGACCACGGGGACAACUGCACCCGAAGAAGCGGCAGGUGAGGGGCUUCGGAGCCUGCCAAUCGCUCCGGAGUCCACGCAGGACUGGGCGCCGCGGCCGGGCGGGUCGCGGGCCUGGGAAGAACCCGAACGUCUCGCUUCAUCGUCGGUCUGCGGCUUUCCCGGCUCUGGACUACACUUCCCAUCGUCCCCCGCGGCGCGUGCCCUGCUUGCGCCCCCUGUCGGCGUCAGGGCUCAUAGCCCGGGUCCAUGGACCUCUUAGCUCUGCCAUCUCAGGACUCUGCCCUUCCCUAAGAGAGAAACCAGGAGGAGGACCCAUCAACCCAUGAAAAUUUGACAGUCAUGUCCCUUGGUUCAGACUUGUUCAGGGAUGUGGCCGUAGUCUUCUCCCAAGAAGAAUGGGAACAGCUGGCGCCGGCUCAGAGGGAUCUGUACAGAGAGGUGAUGCUGGAGAUCUAUAGCCACCUGGUCUCACUGGGUUUUGCCAUUUCCAAACCUGAUGUGAUCUCCUCCCUGGAACAAGGCAGAGAGCCCUGGAUGGUGGAGAAAGUAGCGACAGGAGGCCACUGUCCAGAUCAGGUAUCCCAAUGGGAGGAAAUGGAAAAAUUUAUAAACAAAGAUCCUGAGAACCCCCGUUUCCAAGAUGACUGGGAAUGUGAAGGCACAUUUGAAACAUAUCACAGAAAUGAGGAAGGAAGUUCCAGUCAAGUCAUAAUCACUCAUGAAGAAAUACCUGCUUUGAGACAGCAAACAUCCCAUAACCUGCUUCAUAACGUUCCACCUGGAAGUAGACCCUAUGUGUGUAAUGAAUGUAGAAAAGGUUUUUGGCAGAAGAAAUGUCUUCUUAGUCAUCAGAAAAUUCAUACUGGUGAGAAAUCUUAUGAAUGUCAGCAAUGUGGGAAGGCUUUCCAUCGCCGUUCCUAUCUUCCUCAACAUCAGAGAACUCAUAGUGGGGAAAGACCCUAUGAAUGUACAGAAUGUGGAAAGGCCUUUGGUUCUGUCUCACUCUUUACCAGACAUCAGAGAAUUCAUACUGGUGAGAAACCCUAUGAAUGUAAGGACUGUGGAAAAACCUUUGUUCGGCUCUCACAACUUAACGUACAUCACAGAACUCAUACUGGUGAAAAACCCUAUCAAUGUACCGAAUGUGGAAAAGCUUUCAGUUACUUAUCACUGAUUAUUAAACAUCAGAGAAUUCAUACUGGAGAAAAGCCCUAUGUCUGUAAGGAAUGUGGAAAGGCCUUUAGAGGUAUCACACAACUUAAUGAACAUCAAAGAAUCCAUACUGGUGAGAAGCCAUAUAAAUGUAAUGAAUGUGGAAAGGCCUUUGGCCAUCGUUCAUAUCUUCCUCAACAUCAGAGGAUCCAUACUGGUAAGAAACCUUACAAAUGUAAGGUUUGUGGGAGAGCCUUUAGGCAGGGCUCACAGCUUAACCACCACCAAAGAAUUCAUACUGGUGAGAAACCCUAUAAGUGUAAUGAAUGUGGGAAGGCCUUUAGGCAGGGCUCACAGCUUAAACAACACCGGAUAAUUCACACUGGUGAGAAGCCUUAUGAAUGCACGGAAUGUGGGAAAGCCUUUAGUCAGUGCUCACAACUUACUCGACAUAAGAAAAUUCAUUCCUAAUGUAUGUAAGAAAUGUGGGAAGGCCUUCGGGCACUCUCAUCUUCCUCAACUUUAAGGAAUUCAUGCUAUGGAAAAUCCCUAUAAAUAAGUGAAGCAAAGAAUUCACUGGUCUCAUCCCUCAAGGAACAUCAGGUAAUUAUGUACAACCUUGUGAAAUGUGGAAACGCUUUUUGGUUCAACUCAUGUUACAUUCAUCAGCAGAUUCAUCACCAUCACGUUCAACAUUAAAGACCAUAUUAAUGUGAUAAUGUAGCAAAGCUUCCCAACACUACCUAUCAAUCAUUAGUAAUUGGAAAAUUCAUGCUGGCUAGCAACCAUCAAAGUAGAGAAAUUUUGGAAACCCUUUAGUUUAAGCUAAUUCUAACUUACAUAAAAGAAAGCAAAAGAGAAAGUAAUCCUGUGAAUGUCAGGUAUGUGGGAAGUUCUUUAGCCAUAAGUCUCUUUUAAUCAGAAAACUCAUAUUUGAAGAAUGUAAGUUUUAAAAAAAAAUCCCCAUUCAUCAUUUAUUGUGCAUCAGAAAAUACACAGUGAA